AUGGAAAUAGCGCCUGAAAAAACAAAAUGUAUGGUAUUAUCAGCUACACCAAUCAGAUGCAAACUGGAAGUAGAAGGAAAAAUAAUAGAACAAAUCAGCGAGUUCAAGUACCUGGGAAUCAACAUUUCAAGCCACGCAGGUAUAAGGGAAGAAGUAGCGGAACAAGUUGAGAAGGGAACUAAAAUUGCGGGAUGCCUGAAAAACACCAUAUGGAAUAAUAAACACCUAAGAAAAGAAGCUAAGGUAUCUAUUUAUAAAGCAGUAAUUAGACCCAUUUUAACGUAUUCAGCGGAAACAAGACCGGAAACAACAAUAACUGCCAGACUUCUUACAACAGCAGAAAUGAGAACACUACGGUGUGUGGAAGGCAAAACGAUCAGAGACAGAAUCAAGAAUGAGGACAUCAGAAGAACGUGCAAAAUAGAAAACAUUACUGAAUGGAGCGAAAUGAGAAGGAACGAAUGGAAUGAACACAUAGAAAGAAUGGAAGGAUCGAGAAUAGUUAGGGUUGCUAGAGACAACUCUCCAAGAGGAAGAAGAUCACUCGGUAGACCAAGAAAAGGUGGAGUGAUCACUUCGGCCAGGCCCACUGAAGAAGAACAGGCAACAGUGCCUAUUUUGGAAGAAUAA